GCAAAGAUUUAAUAAUUUCUUGGAAAACUAGAAAAUGGCAUACCAGAACGAAGAAGAGCUCACAGUUGCAGGUGAAUCAAAAUUUUUAGAAGCAAAGAAAUUGCCUAUUGAGAGCCAUAGCAGGAGAGAGCGGUUCAAAAGACUUAGACAAGAAGCUAGGAUUUCCAAUUCAUGUGAAAAGGAGUUCAAAAGUCAGGAUAUGAAACAGAUCAACUUUAAGAUCCAUAAUGAGUCAGUAUCCCCAUACAAAGAAUUCAAAUAUAAGGAUCCUCUUAAGAAGUCUAUUACGAAGACUGACUACAAAAUGAGGGAAACAAUCCAUAAUGGAUGCUUUGACCAAGAUUAUGAGAGAUCGGCUUCACUAGAAAAAGGCAUCUGAUCAGUCAGUGAUAUUGUGAGUCUGCAUAAAAGAUCCUCUCUGAAACGUGUCUUAGAUAGUAGCCCUAAGAUCGGAAAUCCGAUCAAACUAAUGUAUAAAAGCAAGAAGAAAAAACCACUAAAGGGAACAAAUUAUAACAAUACUUUUGAUAAUAUCAAUAAGAUAGUUCAGAAAAACAAGGUCAAACUAGAUUUGUUCAAUAUGAAAUCACUGAACUACACUCUAAAGACGUUGGCUGAAACUAAAGGAGGACAAAGAGAUAAUGUUUUCCCAAUCUCUAACAAUACUCGACUUUUGGGGAAAAGGCAAAAAUCUGAUAUAGAUAAAAGAAAAUAAAUUUCCACUCAGAAAAGACCUAAUACUAAGCCUUCAGGCUGGUAAAACACCUGAAAGAUGUAGAUCACUUACAAAAUCCUGCAUUCAGCCCCAAAUAAACACUAAAAUGCUGCGUAUAAAACAUAUGAAGGCCAGACCAAGCCCUGAAGACCCCUGAUCAUCAACUUCCCUCCUCCUAAACUCUUUCUCCAGCCAGCAUCACCAGUCCCAACCUGUUCAAUCCUUACUCCAAGCGAGGUCAAAAUCUAUCCCAUCCCACAAGAAGCCCCUUUUAAACCCAAUUCUGCCCUCCCAGGUCAACCCUUCCUUCAUAAUUACGCCUAAUACCAAAUAAGCCUCAAAAUGUAGCUUACCAGGCUAAACAGAAACAGCAUUUGGAGGAUGCCAAAGGGCCAAAGGAAUAUGCGCCAGCUACAUUAGGAAAAGAGUUAACUCAAUCUCAGAUGUCUUAUUUCCAAAGAACGAUGAAGCCACUUCAGAGUUUCCAUAUCCACAUAAACAAGCACCCUAAGAGUAAGGGUUAGCCUAA